AUGGGUUGUUCAUCAAGUGCUCCUUCACAAGACUCGAUUCACAGAACAAAUAACACACAAUCGCCGAGCGAUGCAAAAGACUCGAUCAUUGUUUAUGGUAUGGCAAAGUCGGUCGCUACUCAGCGUGUAUUGGCUACAUUGAUAGAGAAAGGUCUCAAGUUUCAACUGAAAAUUGUCAAUCUUAUGACCGGUGAAAAUAAGAAUCGAUCCUAUUUGGAAAAGCAACCAUUUGGCGGUGUUCCAGCACUUGAAGAUACUGAUGGAUUCAUCAUCUAUGAAUCUCGGGCAAUUUGUCGAUAUUUGGAAGCGAAAUACAAAGACAAGGGCACCGAAUUAAUUCCAACAAAUAGUAUAAAAGCUGAAGGUAUUUUUGAACAAGCUGCAUCAACAGAAAUAUCUAAUUUUGACCCUUCGGCCAGCGAUAUUAUUGGCGAGCGAGUAUACAAAAAAUUUCGAGGCGGAGAACCAGAUAUGAACAAAGUAGCUGAACUACGACGAGAUUUGGCCGAAAAUUUGGAUGUUUACGAGAAAAUCUUGUCUAAACAACCAUAUCUGGGUGGAAAUACGUUUACUCUUGCUGAUUUAUUUCAUUUACCGGUGGGUUCAAUGCUUACGAACUGUGGCGAAGGUGAACUGUUUGAAUCUCGACCAAAUGUCAAAAAAUGGUGGAAUACAAUUUCAACGCGACCAGCAUGGAAAACCGUUCUAGCAACGAUGUGA